AUAAGCUUGCGUUUAAUUUGACCCCUCUUUCCAAACUCUCUUUCAAAUUCUCAACUGUUUCAGAAUUCUUUCUUUCUUAUAUUUAUGCUCAAACUCACACAUUUCUCCCACCACAAAAUUAAAAUUAACCUCCCAAAUUUGCUCAUUUAUUUCGUUUACCUUAACAAAUUGAAACCCCUUUCAAUCUCUGUCACUCUCGUUUUCUUCUCAUUUAUUGCCUGCAUAGCUGUUACCCUGUUGUUUUUCUGGCUUAUUUGCCGUCUCAUUUUUGUCACUUCCUAUAUUCUGUUGUUUCAUAUCAUCAUUUUUACAGUUUUUUUUUUUUUGUCUUUUUUCUGUGAUUUCUCGUGUUCUUAAACUGUCAAUCCUAGUACCAGUUCCUAAAAUCUACUCCAAAUCAGUCUUUCUACUGUUUCACUGAUUUCUCAUUUUAGAACUGUUUCUGGAAUGGCCAUUUGCCCUUAAGUUGUUCUAGAACAUUUUUCUUUGAUGGGUUUUCGCUAAUUUUUGUUUCGGAGUUCGUCUUUCUGUGUUUUAGGUGAUGCCUAUUUGCCUUAAUUUGUUUUAAGGCACUCUUUCUGUAUUUUUCUUUGAUGGGGUUUCGCUAAUUUUUGUUUCAGAGUUGUGCUUCUGUGUUUUAGGUGAUGCCCAUUUGCCUUAAACUGCGUUAGACCAAUAUUGUUACUGUUUUCAGCCAUGAAUUUUCGCUAAUUUCUCACUCCGGAACUGUUUUUCUGUCUUCUGUGAGAUGCCCAUUUGCACUAAUUUGUCCUAAGUUAUUCUAAAUCAAGUGUGUGAUUAUGGGUUUUCGCUAAUUUGUUGCCUUUAAGCUCGAACUCUUAGUAUUCUUGAAUUUGAGGUUGUGUUAUUGAGAGUUUCUCAGUUUAUUAGAGCCGUACCAUGUAAUUGAUUUACUUGGUUUUGAGUGGUUGUUUUUGUUGAUGAGGGAUUUCUGUAGAUGAAAAUUCAGUUUUAGUCUUCAAAUGGAUCUUAAUUCUGUUGCAGUUAGCCGCUAGUUGGAAUAUUAUUUGAUGGAAUUUGUUCAUCUCCUCCGCUAAGUAUUACCAUCCUAUACUUUGCCAUGAAUUCGCCUCGUUAAUCUUGGUUGGCAUCCCUAGUUAUGGAGCUCAAGUAAACAAUAGGAACUUGUCAUCCCUUAAACCACUUUGAUCAAGCACUAUUCUUUCAUUCAUUGUAGCUGUAUAUCAACUAACCACAACUACUUAGGUUUGGGCUUAUUAAGAUGUAAGCUCUCCACCUUUACACUAUCCAAUGAGCAAGUUGAACCACAAAUUUUGUUUUGUUAUGAUCACCUAUCAAUAGCUUUCUAUCCAUAAUCCCUCCUUAUGGAAACUUGAUUAUAGUAUAUGCCUCUCGAGUCACUUCGAUUUUUUGAGUGAGUUUAGUCCUUGUCAAGUGUCUUCAGUUUAGUUGGAUACUGGGAUAUAAUAAAACAUCCAUAGAAGGAAGGGGCAUUGUUAUCGCGACUGAUCAUGGAAGAAACUUUUGUUCCUUUUCGCGGAAUUAAGAAUGAUCUUAAAGCAAGACUUCUUUGCUACAAACAAGAUUGGACCGGGGGACUUCGUGCUGGAAUUAGGAUUUUAGCUCCAACAACUUAUGUUUUCUUUGCUUCCUCAAUUCCAGUCAUAUCUUUUGGGGAACAGCUAGAAAGAACUACUGAUGGUUCUUUGACUGCAGUUCAUACUCUAGCAUCAACAGCAAUAUGUGGCAUUAUCCAUUCAAUCUUUGGAGGACAGCCGCUGCUCAUUCUAGGGGUAGCUGAACCAACAGUUCUAAUGUACACAUUUAUGUACAACUUUGCCAAGGAGAGGAAAGAAUUGGGACACAGACUUUACUUGGCGUGGACAGCUUGGGUUUGUGUAUGGACAGCCUUUUUGCUUUUCUUGUUGGCCGUAUUGGGAGCAUGCUCCAUUAUCAAUAGAUUUACACGCAUAGCUGGUGAGCUGUUCGGUCUGCUUAUUGCAAUGCUCUUCAUGCAGCAGGCUAUUCGUGGAGCGGUGGAGGAAUUUCGUGUACCUCAGAGGGAAAAUCCAAAUCAGACUGCAUUUCAUCCCUCUUGGCGUUUUGGCAAUGGAAUGUUUGCACUUGUUAUGUCAUUUGGCCUUCUUUUAACUGCAUUAAAAAGUCGCAAAGCUAGAUCAUGGCGCUAUGGUGCAGGUUGGUUACGGGGAUUGAUUGCAGAUUACGGUGUCCCAAUUUUGGUGCUUGCAUGGACUGCUAUAUCUUAUGCACCAGCUCAUAAUGUUCCAAACGGCAUUCCUAGGCGUCUUUUCAGUCCAAAUCCUUGGUCUCCUGGCGCUUAUUCAAACUGGACUGUCAUCAAGGAUAUGAUGGAUGUGCCUGCAUUAUAUAUUGUUGGAGCUUUUAUCCCAGCCACCAUGAUUGCUGUCCUCUACUAUUUUGAUCAUAGUGUUGCUUCUCAGUUGGCUCAACAAAAGGAGUUUAAUUUGAAGAAACCUUCCGCGUACCAUUAUGAUCUCCUUCUCCUUGGUUUUCUGGUCAUAUUCUGCGGUCUUAUUGGUAUUCCCCCCUCAAAUGGAGUCAUUCCUCAAUCUCCUAUGCAUACAAGAAGCUUGGCUACUCUCAAACACCGGAUUCUGAGAAAUAAACUUGUAGCAGCAGCAAAAGAUAGCAUACAAAAUAAUUCAAACUUGGGUCAGUUAUACAGAAACAUGCAAGAUGCUUACCAAGAAAUGCAGACACCUCUUGUCUAUCAGAUACCAUCUUCUCUGGGACUGAAGGAGUUGAAAGAAUCAACAAUUCAGAAAUUCUCAGAUGGUGGUGACAUUGACACACCGGUUGAUGAAACUGUUUUUGAUGUUGAUAAGGACAUAGACGAUCUUCUGCCCAUUGAAGUAAAAGAACAACGUCUCAGCAAUUUGCUUCAGGCAAUAAUGGUUGGUGGCUGUGUUGCAGCUAUGCCUGUCUUAAAGAAAAUCCCUACAGCAGUUCUUUGGGGGUACUUUGCUUUCAUGGCCAUUGAAAGCUUACCAGGAAAUCAGUGUUGGGAUAGAAUUUUGUUACUUUUUACAGCUCCUGGUCGACGAUAUAAGGUGCUCGAUGAGCAGCAUGCAACCUUCAUUGAGACAGUUCCCUUCAAAACGAUUGCACUGUUCACAAUUUUCCAGACUGUAUACUUGCUGCUGUGUUUUGGCAUAACAUGGAUCCCAAUAGCAGGAGUUCUUUUCCCCUUGUUCAUUAUGCUUCUUGUCCCAGUUAGACAGUAUGUUCUGCCAAGAUUUUUCAAGGGAGCCCAUCUUCAGGAUUUAGAUGCAGCUGAAUACGAGGAGGCACCUGCCAUUACCUACAAAAUGUCAUAUGAAGUUCAAGAUCCGCAAACUCCUGUGACUAAGAUAGACAAUGGAGAGUUCCUUGAUAGUAUGAUGACAAGGAGCAGAGGUGAAAUCCGCCACAUUCAAAGUCCAAAGGUAACCAGCACUGCCCCAGUUUCCCCUGAGAAUUUGAGGCAUGCUUCUAGCCCAGGGUUGUCUCAGAGAGUAUACAGUCCUCGAAUUACUGAACUGAGGAAGGGGAAAGGUCCCGGAAUGAGUCCAGAAGGGGUUGAGAUAGUUGAAAUCCCCAGUCCUCGACCUAAUUCUCUACUUGGAAGAAAUGGUCAUGCUUCAUCUUCGAGCUAAGAAGUCUAUUUUCCUUCAUAGUAUAGCUGUUAGUGAAAAGUGCUCGAGAGGCCUAUUAAUAUACUUUUAUGUUUUGUGCUAGUGGUUCUGAUACUAACCAAUCAUAUUUGUGUAGAUUAUCUGUUUGUAAUUUUCAGUCAAAAGGAUUAUAGAUAGUUAAUACUAUGAUAAUGAAGAAGCAAGUAUUAAAAUUA